UACGCGUGUUGGCUUGAAUAUCAUUGCUUCUUCCUUCUUCCUUUUCUUUCUUUAGUUUUUUGUUGUUUUUGUUUGGCCGGUUGGACUGAAUUUGCACCACAAAGCGGGUUUGAGCGCCACUCAGGACCUCAUGAAUUUGAAUUAGUCGUUGAUGAAUCAUUUAGAUAGAAAGGCGGGUUUCUGUUUCUGGCUUUUAGUUUUUGCAUCCGAUCGAGGUGAAGAGCGGCGGCGCACGGAAGCAGAGCCACGCACCCGCAAUAUCCACGCCAUUCUGGUGUGAUCUUGUUUCUUUUAAUUAUUUAUUUUAUUUCACCGAAUCAUUUAUUUGCUCUGAAAGCUGGCAUGGCAGUGAGGGGGUCCAUGUCGCGUUUGUUCCGGUCGGUUCACAGGUCAUGCUGUCCACAGAGCCGCGCGCUGUCUGUGGCCAUCGUGGGCGCACCAUUCUCCAAAGGACAGAAAAGGAGAGGAGUGGAGCACGGACCCAAAGCUAUCAGAGAUGCUGGUUUGGUGGAAAGACUGGCCAAUCUGGAAAAUGCCGUCCAUGAUUUCGGAGACCUGAAUUUCCAGCAACUAGAGGAGGACAAACAUUUCAUGCAUGUCCCCUUUCCCCGUACUGUGGGACGAGCCAAUCAGAUCCUGUCAGAUGCUGUGAGCAGAGCCGUGGGGGCGGGACAUACGACAGUCAUGCUUGGAGGAGAUCACAGCUUGGCGAUUGGUUCGGUAGGUGGCCAUGCCCAUCAGCGCCCAGAUCUUUGUCUCAUCUGGGUCGACGCCCAUGCAGACAUCAAUACUCCAAUGACCUCACCGUCCGGGAAUUUACACGGCCAGCCAGUCGCAUUCAUGCUUAAAGAGCUGCAGGAUAAGAUGCCAGAGGUUCCCGGUUUCUCCUGGAUGAAACCAUGUCUCACUGCUAGAGAUCUGGUCUACAUCGGCCUGAGAGACGUUGACCCCGGCGAGCAUGUUAUAUUGAAGACCCUGGGUAUUCAGUCCUUCUCAAUGCGUGACAUUGACAGAAUGGGCAUGCAGAGAGUGAUGGAGGUUACACUGGAUCAUCUACUGGCAAGGAAACAGCGUCCCAUCCACCUGAGCUUCGACAUUGAUGCGUUUGAUCCAGCACUUGCUCCCGCUACAGGAACUCCGGUUAACGGAGGACUGACCUAUCGAGAGGGCAUCUACAUCACAGAAGAGAUCCACAACACAGGUUUGCUGUCUGCAAUGGACCUGGUGGAGGUAAAUCCGACAUUGGGCGCAAAUGCUGAGGCGGUGGAGGCUACAGCCGGUCUCGCUGUGGACGUGAUUGCUUCGUCUCUGGGUCAGACACGUGGGGAUAACACUGUGCUGCAGGACACCGAACAGCUCGGCCUGUAGAACCACGAGGACUGAGAAGCAUGGACAUAAAAUACCAACCGCCUGGCAUUCCAAAGUUUAGCACAGUACAAAAACUUUUGCACAUGAAAUGAACUAUGGUGCACAGGAGUGAACGUGUGAACAUUUAGUUUGAGUGAGUGAUUGUAGAGAGGGAGUGCGCAACCCUCAGAAAUCAAACACACACAAGCGUAGCAUAAAGCUAAAGACUACCUACUCAGACUGAUAGCGGUAUUGAUCGAUGUUGCUAAUAGUUAGCACGGUUGAAUUUAAUGCAGCUUUGCUUAAAAAAAAGGACAGUUUUAAUUUUAUGCAACAGUUUGAGUCCUCACCUAUGAAAAGACCUGCUUUUAAUUAUUUGAUUGUAAAGUUUUGAGAAAUUGUAUAUUUUUUUGCAUUUCUUUCAUGUGAGCCAACAUUACUGUUUCAAAGAUGUUGGUGGCAUGAUGAAUAACUUUUAUUAGUUGAAUAUUCAUGUUUUUAUUAGUGUAUUUUCUUGUCAUGACAAAAUAAAUCAACAUUUGAUCUUUAAA